GGAGUUUCGGAGGCCCGUCCAAUCAACAGAAACGGGAAUUAUGGAUUAUGAGGUACCGGAGUUAAUCGAAAGGGCAAGUGGGAAAUAUCCCCACUUCAUGCCGACCCGGGGCAUAUUCAAACGCUUUAAGGAAGUGUCCAUUUAGGAACCUUAGCUAUUAUCUUCCCGUAUUUCCAGUUUGAUAUUUAUUCGGCCUCAAAAAUGGCCAGUGAUUCAGCGCCAACGUCCCUUCCUCCGGAGGCUAUCGAGUUCGCAGGGCGCAUGUACAACGCCGCACGAGCCGGGGAGAUCGAGGUAUUUCAGCAGGCCUUACCAGCUGGCCUCCCUCCUAAUUUAACUAACGAAAAGGGGGAUUCACUUCUUAUGCUGGCGGCUUACCAUGGGCACGCCGACCUCGUCAAACUUCUUAUUCAACAUGGAGCCGAUCCGAAUCGUAUUAACGAUAAGGGUCAAAGCCCCUUAGCCGGUGCCGUUUUUAAAAAGGAGGAUAGUGUGAUCGAGGCGCUAUUGGAAGGCGGUGCUGAUCCAGAGCAUGGUUCGCCGUCUGCAUUUGCCUGUCUAGCCCUGUUUCAACAGGAGGAAGUGUGGGAAAACAUAUUUUUAUCGGCUCCAGGGAGAGGGAAAGCCGGAAACCCCGCAUCUUUACCCAACGCCGAUGUCAACUAGGCAAGGUAACACUGUGGGUAAACGGGGCUGUGAAACGCUGUAGGAUCCCAAAUGUCAGGCGAUACCUUAGCUCUGUUUCCUUGAAGGGGGUCCUCUGAACAUCGAUGUUGUGCAUCUGUGGCUUUUAAUAUCAAACCCGAAAGCCUCAGAUCCUUCGAUAUUUUACAGUUACUAGGUAUUGCAACGGAUGGGGGGCUAACUUAUAUAUAUACGCUCUUGCUAAUAUACUACAUACUAUACCUAACAGCAGUUCCCUGACCACUUGUUUCAGCGAGAAGGAGUGUCAAUUCAUAAUUGAGGCGCGCCGACUGCACGGAGUGUGAAGUGUACGGUGAUACG